UAGUCAACUGUAUUAACAACCUGCAGAAAUGGGGGGCUGCCUGGACUGUUUUCGGAACAGCGAAAAGAAUACUAAUCUGAAACGGAGUUUACCGGCCGUGUGUAUCGUCUGGCAGUUGGCUAUGAUCAUUCUGUUUGGCGUGUUUGUGCGGUAUGACGAGGAGUCAGAUACUCAUUGGGUUGAACAUAAAAAGGAUGAUAAUAUCACAAGUGAUAUUGAGAAUGACUUCUACUUCAGAUAUCCCAGUUUUCAGGAUGUUCAUGUCAUGAUCUUCGUGGGGUUUGGGUUUCUAAUGACCUUCAUGAAGCGCUACAGUUUUGGAGCCGUGGGAUUCAACUUCCUAGUUGCGGCUUUCGGUAUCCAAUGGGCUCUACUGAUGCAAGGCUGGUUCCAUUUUCUGGACCAUGAUGGAAAAAUAAAGAUUGGUGUGGAAAAUCUGAUUAAUGCAGAUUUCUGUGUGGCGGGGUGUCUGAUUGCGUACGGCGCUGUGCUGGGGAAGGUCAGCCCGGUUCAACUGUUGGUGAUGACCCUGUUUGGUGUCACGCUGUUUGCUGUUGAAGAAUACAUCAUUCUUAACCUCCUUCACGCCAAAGAUGCUGGUGGCUCCAUGGUGAUCCACACCUUUGGAGCUUAUUAUGGUCUGUCCAUAUCAUGGGUUCUGUAUCGGCCAAAUUUGGAUAAGAGCAAACACAUGAACGGAUCUGUCUACCACUCAGAUUUGUUUGCCAUGAUUGGCACUCUGUUCCUUUGGAUGUUCUGGCCCAGUUUCAACUCGGCCAUUGCUGAUCAUGGAGAUGGUCAGCACAGAGCUGCCAUCAACACUUACCUGGCUUUGGCCUCCACUGUCCUGACAACCGUCGCCAUGUCUAGCCUGUUUGAGAAAACUGGGAAACUGGACAUGGUUCACAUACAGAAUUCUACUCUGGCAGGCGGAGUUGCUGUAGGAACAGCAGCUGAAUUUAUGCUGAUGCCAUAUGGUUCUUUGAUUGUGGGGUUCUUUUGUGGAAUUGUGUCCACACUGGGCUACAUUUAUUUAUCGCCAUUCUUGGAGGAGAAACUUAAGAUUCAGGACACCUGUGGCAUCCAUAACCUGCACGCUAUGCCAGGGGUCAUUGGAGGAAUUGUGGGCGCUAUCUCAGCCGCUGCUGCCAGCAAUACGGUUUAUGGGGAGUUGGGGUUGCAAAAUACAUUUGAUUUUGUUGACGAGUUUUCAAAACGGGUGCCCACUAUCCAGGGUGGCUACCAGGCAGCAGCACUAUGUGUGGCCUUAUGUUUUGGAAUCGGAGGUGGCAUAUUGGUUGGCUUGGUUCUGAAGCUACCCAUCUGGGGUGACCCUGCUGAUGAAAACUGCUAUGAUGACCAGAUCUACUGGGAGGUUCCUGAAGAUGAAGAAAGCAUUCCUACCAUCCUGGCCUACAACAAUCACAUGAUCACUAACAAACACGCAGGCAUAACAGAGACUAACUUCGUCGAGCAGCGUUAACACGGGGGGGAUCUACAGCGAUGUGACCCGAAGCACAAAUCCUCAAUAACUGUAUGACACAGAAUGCAGGAGUAAAUUUUAAAAGGUCAAAUUAAAGUUCCCAUCUAAAGUGUCUUUCCUUGUGAAUGUGUUCAGAGAAAAUGUGACCAAAAUUCUCUAAACCUCUGAGCAUUUAUUUUUGCUGUAGAAUAUAGAACAAAAAUAAUUUAUGUGUGGUAAUUUUAAGUAUUUUUUAUUCAAACAUUUGUGAUCAUUAAAAACAGUUUUACAAAAUUAAGAAAUUGUUUGUCUUUAUAUCAACUGCACAUUGUGUAACAUUUCAUAUUGUAGACAAGAAAUAUUUGAAUGAGCAAAAUUCUGUUAACUCUUGUUUUACGGAUUAUUACCCCCAUGAUUUAAAUAUCUUCAUGUCAAUCAGCAUGUACGCAUACAUUUCUUUAUCUUUUAUCUAAUAUUGUAUGACACUUUUUGUUUUGUUUUUUUUACCUUUUUGUUUUUCCUUUGUUGUAUGAUUGUAAUGUAGAUUAAGCCUGUUACUGUCUAAUGC